AUGGCUGCGCGAGGACUUCCCUUCACGCGAUGGACAGCGACCCUUAUCUGGCUUCAGGUUGUUGUUAAUUUCCUGUGGCGAUGCAGCUCUGGAUCCUGGUUUGACGAGAGACGAAGAAAAUCGCCUCCACACUGCCGUUGGAAUCCCGGCUUUUCUAAGCCACCAUGGCUCUUCAACCAAUGGAGGAUGUGGAAUGUUUUCCCAGUGCGACGGCAGCUACGAAAUUGCGACAAGUCGUCGACAUCUACAGCCAUCAGGGGAAUGAGGGAAAGAAGAGAGUUACAACAAAAUGUCCAGCUCUUCAACCUGAUAGCCCAAGCAGACAGUCUCGUCAACAUCAGCCUUGCGAAAGAGUCGAGAGAGGCUGCCGUCGCGAGCAAGCAAGAUAGCUCAGCCAUGAAGAUUAUUGCCCUGUUGACCACCUUUUUCCUGCCUGGGGGCACCUUAAUCGCGACAUUCUUCGCCAUGCCCCUCUUUGACUGGUCCAAGCCCUCCAUCAAUCGGAUUGCUAGCGACCACUUCUGGGUCUACUGGGCCGUGACGGCUCCUCUCACGCUGACCACUAUGGCUGGCGUCGUCACAUGGGCGCUCUGGCACAAUCGUCGCAUUGAGCUCUUGCAUUUGCAGGGUAGGGACAAUGUGAGCGCCAGCCUUGUACAAAACGGAGCGCGGGUCACUGGCAAGAAAAAAGGUCCCGAAGGAGUGGAAGAAAAGCCGAAAGACAAGACGCAAGCGUCGAUAUCUAUUACGACAUCGUGCGACAAGUCUUCUUUGCCGAACAUCUUUCACCGUCGGCAUCGCCGCGCUGGCCCUGAUACGGCUGAGCCAUGA